CGGCUGGGGCACCAGAUUCCUAGAACCCGCGCAGGGAAGGGGCCGGCUGCAGCUGGCGUCUGUGGGGCGCGUAGGAACAGCGAUAGCUGCGACCGCAUCCUCGCUGCCUGCCCCGGCCGGGUUGAAUCUGGGAGCCGUCGGACAUGGAGCCAUGGAAGCAGUGCGCGCAGUGGCUCAUCCACUGCAAGGUGCUGCCUGCCAACCACCGGGUGACCUGGGACUCAGCGCAGGUGUUCGACCUGGCACAGACCCUCCGCGAUGGAGUCCUGCUCUGCCAGCUGCUCAACAACCUCCGGGCGCACUCCAUCAACCUGAAGGAGAUCAACCUGAGGCCGCAGAUGUCCCAGUUCCUCUGUUUGAAGAACAUACGGACGUUUCUCACAGCCUGUUGCGAGACAUUUGGGAUGAGGAAAAGUGAACUCUUUGAAGCGUUUGACCUGUUCGACGUUCGUGACUUUGGAAAGGUUAUUGAGACAUUAUCGCGACUUUCUCGCACACCCACAGCUUUGGCCACAGGAAUCAGGCCCUUCCCAACAGAAGAAAGCGUUGAUGAUGAAGACAUCUACAAAGGCCUUCCUGACUUAAUAGAUGAAACCCGAGUAGAAGAUGAAGAAGAUCUCUAUGACUGUGUUUAUGGGGAAGAUGAAGGUGGAGAAGUCUAUGAGGACUUAAUGAAAGCAGAGGAAGCCCAUCAACCUAAAUGCCCAGAAAAUGACAUACGAAGCUGCUGCCUAGCAGAGAUUAAGCAGACAGAAGAAAAAUAUACAGAAACCUUGGAGUCAAUAGAAAAGUAUUUCAUGGCACCCCUGAAAAGAUUUCUUACAGCAGCAGAAUUUGAUUCAGUAUUCAUCAACAUUCCUGAACUUGUAAAAGUUCAUCGGAGCUUGAUGCAAGAGAUUCAUGAUUCCAUUGUAAAUAAAAAUGACCAGAACUUGUAUCAAGUUUUCAUCAACUACAAGGAAAGAUUGGUUAUUUAUGGGCAGUACUGCAGUGGAGUGGAGUCAGCCAUCUCUAAUUUAGACUAUAUUUCUAAAACAAAAGAAGAUGUCAAACUGAAAUUAGAGGAAUGUUCCAAAAGAGCAAAUAAUGGGAAAUUUACUCUUCGAGAUUUGCUUGUGGUUCCUAUGCAACGUGUUUUAAAGUAUCACCUUCUUCUCCAGGAACUUGUCAAACAUACCACUGAUCCCACUGAGAAAGCGAAUCUGAAACUGGCUCUUGAUGCUAUGAAGGACUUGGCACAAUAUGUGAAUGAAGUGAAAAGAGAUAAUGAGACCCUUCGUGAAAUUAAACAGUUUCAGCUAUCUAUAGAAAAUUUGAACCAGCCCGUUUUGCUCUUCGGGAGACCUCAGGGAGAUGGUGAAAUUCGAAUAACCACUCUGGACAAGCAUACAAAACAAGAAAGGCAUAUCUUCUUAUUUGAUUUGGCAGUGAUUGUAUGUAAAAGAAAAGGUGAUAACUAUGAAAUGAAAGAAAUAAUAGAUCUUCAACAAUACAAGAUAGCCAACAAUCCUACAACUGAUAAAGAAAAUAAAAAGUGGUCUUACGGCUUCUACCUCAUCCACAUCCAAGGACAAAAUGGGUUAGAGUUUUACUGCAAAACAAAAGAUUUAAAGAAAAAAUGGCUGGAGCAGUUUGAAAUGGCUUUAUCUAACAUAAGGCCAGACUAUGCAGACUCCAAUUUCCAUGACUUCAAGAUGCACACCUUCACUCGGGUGACGUCCUGCAAAGUCUGCCAGAUGCUCCUCAGGGGAACAUUUUAUCAAGGCUAUUUAUGUUUUAAGUGUGGAGCAAGAGCCCACAAAGAGUGUUUGGGAAGAGUAGACAAUUGUGGCAGAGGUAAUUCUGGUGAACAAGGGCCGCUCAAACCACCAGAGAAACGGACCAAUGGACUCCGAAGAACUCCCAGACAGGUGGAUCCAGGUUUGCCAAAGAUGCAGGUCAUUAGGAACUACACUGGAUCGCCACCCCCAGCUCUUCAUGAAGGACCCCCAUUACAUAUCCAGGCAGGGGAUACAGUUGAACUUCUGAGAGGAGAUGCACACAGUCUGUUUUGGCAGGGUAGAAAUUUAGCUUCAGGAGAGGUUGGAUUUUUCCCAAGUGAUGCCGUCAAGCCUUCCCCAUGUGUGCCCAAACCAGUAGAUUAUUCUUGCCAACCUUGGUAUGCUGGAGCAAUGGAAAGAUUGCAGGCAGAGACUGAACUUAUUAAUAGGGUAAAUAGUACUUACCUUGUGAGGCACAGGACCAAAGAGUCAGGAGAAUAUGCAAUUAGCAUUAAGUAUAAUAAUGAAGCAAAGCACAUCAAGAUUUUAACAAGAGAUGGCUUUUUUCACAUUGCAGAAAAUAGAAAAUUUAAAAGUUUAAUGGAACUUGUGGAGUACUACAAGCAUCAUUCUCUUAAAGAAGGGUUCAGAACCUUAGAUACGACUCUACAGUUUCCAUACAAGGAGCCAGAACAUUCAGCUGGACAGAGGGGUAAUAGAGCAGGCAACAGCUUGCUAAGUCCAAAAGUGCUGGGCAUCGCCAUCGCUCGGUAUGACUUCUGCGCAAGAGAUAUGCGAGAACUCUCCCUGUUGAAAGGAGAUGUGGUGAAGAUUUACACGAAGAUGAGUGCAAAUGGCUGGUGGAGAGGAGAAGUAAAUGGCAGGGUGGGCUGGUUUCCAUCCACAUAUGUGGAAGAGGAUGAAUAAAUUCCAAUCCAGCAUUGGACCCUGCACCAAAAAUCUCAGAGAAGGGAUAAACAGAAGCCCGCACAGCAUUAUGAAUUAACUGCAGUGUUUAAAAAGCUGAAUUUCUGCUGUUCAAUAUACUCCCUCCUAAGUCUUAAUGCUGAGAUUUCUAAAGAUGCUUGGUACUGACAGAUUAAUGGCUUGCCUAGAGCUGUGCAAGAAACAGCCUGCCAGUCUGUCAUUGUCAGGGGCCAGGGCAAAGCCAAAAGCUUUUCUUCCUAAAAGAGUCCUACAAACACAUUGAUUCAGGUUUCUCUUUAUUUCAUUGGGUCAGACACCAUAAAUGCCCACCAUUAGUAAAUGCUUAAUGCAUGUUUACUUUACUCUCACCUUCCAUUCACCAGGGUUUUUGAUGGCACAAAGAAGCAGAAGUUUAAUUUUGCUUUUCUCAGCAUGAAGAAAAAUUAGAGUCCUGCCAUUUGGGUAGGAUCCAACCUACUGGAAAGAUCUAGAAUUACUUGUCUUAAAUUGCCCAACAGGUGACUCAUUGCCCAGCAAACACUUUUACCCCCAGAUGUUACUCAUGAUAAACAUGUAAGAGGCAAUUGCUCUGGUUUGCAUCAUAAGUGAUACAUUCCAGAAGGGUUUUAAUUAUUCACUUGAUGUCCUGAUUAUAUUUGCAGACUUCUUUGUAAAAAGGGGAAAAAAGCACAUGAAAGAGAGAGUCUUCAUAUUAAAUCUUCACAUUCUUCAUGGCUUCAUAGGUUUAUUUUGGUAGUACUUGACUUGAUGAAAUAAUCUUGACUGGGCAUAUUAUGAAUAGUUGCCAAUAGUCUGAGUAAGGUGGCAUUGUUUACAGAAACAGACCAAGGGCUAUAAUCUAUAGUAAGUCAUUUUGUAGCAGCAGUAUCUAUUAACAUAUGCCUUUUCCUCUCCUCUUGGAAAGACCUGGAACAUAUUUGUUGAUUCCCACAUUUUUUCAGAGCAGCACAAACUACUCUAAGACUACUUUCUUUUCUACAGUAGCACAAACUAUUUUGUUGAGGAUUUCGGAAGGAAAGCACACCUGGGUCCUUUAUGCAUUUCUGGGAUAGAAGGAGGAUCACUGAACUUCUUGGGCUUCCCAUCUGCAGGCAUUUCUGAACAUGUACUGACUGGUGGGAAGAUGAGUUUUGCAGUAGAUUUAUUUUAACAGGCCUUCACUAUUUUAUGUGAGGGAUCUAAAUAUAUUCUUCCUGGGAUGCACAGAGUCCCCUGUUGAGGCAGUUAAGACACUAACUUGGCCCUUUCCUGAUGAAAUACUUCCUCCAUAGUAGAAAUCAUGCUCUGACAAGAUUUGGAGAGUUUCAUGUUUGGGGGAAAAAUUUCAAGCAUUAACUACACAGAGCCAAACUAGUAAUGUUGAGUUCUGAAAUUUUGGGCCCUCUCUGAAAUGAAGUAGCUGUGGCCUGACUCUCCCCCAACCCACUAGGUGCCAGAACAUGAUGUUCAGUGGACACAUCCCCUGCUAGAGACCUUUGUGGGCUAGGUCUUCUCAUCUAGGAUAGACUCAAGACCUUUACCUCAGAAUUGUGUAAACUGUGAUUGUGUUUUAGAAAAAUUAUUAUUUGUUAAAUCAGUUAAGUUUUUGUAUAUGUGUAAACUAUCAUAAAAAUGUGUUUUACAGAAUGUUCUGUAUAGUGAAGUUACACUGCCAAGGUGCACUCUUGGAGUGGAUUCUUCUCUAUAAGUCUUACCCGUGACUCUUUUCCUGGGAAUGUUUUGUCUGUUACUGUCAGUCAAAUGUUAUUAUGGAGGGCACAGCUUCACACAAAUUGAAAUGCUCCUGUGUACAGUGUUGUUGUAUGUAUCGUUUAUUUCAGUCAAUAUAUUCCCCCUCUUACAAAUGGUAUGUGGUCUUCCUGUUGCAUUUCAUUGGUCUGGGUGUUUCAGAGCAGAGGCUAUUAGAGCCCCUUUUCAUGACAUUACUGAUUACAACUUUGUCUUUGUUUAAUACUUUGUAUUGGAAACUUUAAAUGCUGCAGAUUUGUGUAGAUUUCUAAUACCAAAGACAGAAGUAAGUGUUUUCCAUAUACUUUGUCUUGCCUGUAUGCAGCCCUUGUGUAAUAUGGUGAAUUAGAGUGGUAUUUUACUUUGUAAUAUUUUGUAAAUAUGUCAAUACAAUAAAUGGUUACUACUUGCA